UCUCAAUCAGAAUUGCCUCUGUCUCAAGCGCCUGCAUACUUUUGUGGGUGCUUGAGACAACCGGUGCCGCUACUCUCUCCGGUGGCGGUUGUCUGCCCUUGCCACCACCACCCUAAGAAAAUAGAGUUCCAUCUUCUCUACUGCUAAUCUCAUGGCGGAUCCACAAACCGUUCUUCCAUAUCACGACCCUUUUGAAGCCCAAAAUUCCGAAGAUAUUUUCUGUAUCCUGGACAAUAGGAAUCCUACCCUUGAAGAUUUGUCAAUUCAGGAACCAUUCCCGGACCCCACUUCAAUUCCUCAACAGGGUACUGGAAUUGGGAGUUCUAAUGAUCCUUUUGAGAAUGGGGGUAUUUGGGAUGUGAAGAAUGAUCCCAAUACCGGAAAUUCUCAAACCGGACCUUCCGAGAUUCAUGUAGAAUCAAGCCAUGGAAAUCAAACUAAUUACUUUCACGCAGGAAGUUCAAAUUAUGAGGAUUCUAUACUUCUUUCUGAAUGGCCCCCAACACCGAUCCCCUUUGGUUGUAGUUGCUGCCAAGUCCUCCGAGAAAUAAUUCAUACAAAUGGCAACGAAUUUACAACCCUUGAAAUACAUGGCAGAUUGGGGAUGAUCUCUCAUGCUGUUCUCGAAGUUCAACUAAAUAUGGAGACGCUUUCUCCAAGCUAUCACCAUCAAAUGUUUGAUUUUUGUAAGAAAAGCCUGGAGGAAGUGAAACAAUUUUUGGUUCAAUACUGUCUGGAGAGAAGCCAAGCAGGAUUCUUUGUUAUAAGUGAUCCAUUUUCAGUCUUCUACGAAGCCUUAUGUGUUGGAUUCGUUUGGGCUGAAAAUCAGUACUGUGAAGAGUUCAACCCACCACCUUCCUCGAAUUCAGAGGAACUUCAAGGGAACAACAAAGCAGGCAAUGAUAAUGAGCAACUAAGGGUCCCUAAGACCAAUCUAUCCGAGCAGCGACAAAGGACUGGAAAAAUCACACUGAAGGAAAUAGGAAACUAUUUUCAUCUUCCUAUUGAAGAGGCAGCGAAGAAGAUGAGGUUAUGCCCUACCGUGGUGAAGAAGAUAUGCCGCAGAGAUGGUCUGGCUAGAUGGCCUCACAGAAAGAUUAAAAGCAUGGAGAGGCAAAUAUCAUAUUGGGCUGGACUUUUAAGUUCAAAUGAUCCACAGGAAAGUGCUCGAGCACAGAAUGAGAUCCUUAGACUUCAACACGAAAUCGAGAAUAUUUGUCAAGGAGCAGUAGGUAGUAGAUGAUGGUGAUAAAGGGUGUUCCUAAGUGUUCUUUUUAUUAAUUAAGGGUUUUCCUAAGUGUUAUGUAUGUAUAUAUAUUUGGGUGUUGAUUUGUAAUGAUCUUGGAAACUAUAUUCUUAUAAUUGAUAAAAUCGUUUUCUUUUU